CCCUUGUGGUUUCAAUGUGGACGCAGCUCACGCAUUAGUUAAUUAAGAAAGCAAUUAUUAGGGAAAAGGUUGAAAAAUUAGGGACCAAAGUCCAAAAGGUUGAGACACGUUCCCCCGAUUACGAAUAAAACGACGAAGUAGCGCCUCUUAUAUUCGAAGAAGAAAAACAGACAAUUCUACUUUUUUAAGAAAUAAAAGGAAAAAGAUAGACGACACUGGCCCGCUAAAAACACGGAAAUGAAUAUCAAUUAAAUAACAAUAAUGAUGGGGAAAAAAAAAAGAACACCUCCACAGUAAGAUAGUAGGAAGAGCGAGUGGUACUAAAAAGUAGCAGUCGUCGGCGGUGUGCCCACCCAGACUCCAGAGAGAACGAUAAUGGCUGUCUCGAUUCCAGUUCUAGCUGUCAUCGUCUCCCUCCAUCUCAUCGCCUUUGUACUCGCCAUCGGCGCCGAACGCCGCCGCAGCACCGCUACGGUGGUGCCGGACAAGUACGACGAGAGGACUUUCUGCGUCUACGGCUCCGACGCUUCCUCCGUCUACGGCUUGGCCGCGUUUGGGCUGCUGCUAAUCAGCCAGACUGUGAUUCAUGGCGUCACCAGAUGUCUGUGCUUCGGCAAAGGCCUAGUCACUGGAAGUUCCGCCGCCACAUGUGCAAUCUUCCUCUUCGUUUUCUCCUGGCUGUGCUUCUUGGGAGCUGAGGCAUGCUUACUAGCUGGAUCGGCUAAGAAUGCAUACCACACCAAGUAUCGAGGAGUUUUCCAAGUCGAAGACAUCUCCUGUGCUACCCUUCGCAAGGGUGUGUUUGCUGCUGGAGCAGCCUUGACGUUGUUGUCACUUUUAGCCUCCAUUCUCUAUUACUGGGCUCACUCUAGAGCUGAUACUGGGGGGUGGGAGAAGCAUAAGAACGAAGGUAUUGGCUUAACCCCAUCCGACUAUCCACAAGAACAACAACCACCGGCUGGCGAGUUUGGGAAGGUUUAAGAACCAGGUUUGUUUGUUAGUAUCUAGAAUCUAAGAAGCAAUCUACACUUUAUUUUCUCGGAAGAGACAGAUGAGUAUCAGCUUAAGGACUGAAAGAAGAAUCGAAUGUUGGAACGAGAAGGAUAGGAUCGUACAAUAUAUAUUUCGUCCCUGUGUGUGUAUAAUAUAUUAAUGUAUGCGAGUGUUGUUACACACUGUAAUUUAUGUUUAAACGACUACUACUGGGGUUGUAAUUUGGAAUGGAGAUCAGGCUCAGGGGCAUAGUUCAUGGUUAUGUGCAAUGCUAGUGCAUUUGAUGUUGAAUCUCUUGCUGCUGUCUUUGCCAUCUACUCUUGUUUGUGGCGAUGAAAUUCAUCUACUCUAUAUUUAACAGAAGACGAGCCUAUUAGUAUCUCCACGAUUUGCUGGUAAAACUUAAGGUUGUGCCAUGAUAAUGAGGGUGGAAGCAAUCGAGUCUAAAAUUAUUUCUUCGUGCGCACCAGUAUAGUUAAGCUUGGGCGGGCUACCAGGAAUCAAUCACAAACAUGGUU